AGGCUGACAGUAGCUGCCGUUUCAGAGAGGACGAUUCGUAAGGAGGCUCUUGGAGAGGGUCCCCUUUGUUCGCCCUUCUGCGGGUCCUUCCCAUACUUGAGCGGCAUCCAGAGAGUGGUCGGUCUCGUCUACCUGCCUGACUUUCUGCAGAGGCUCCUGCCGUUGGCCCAGUAGUUGGCUGUCGAAAGUGCCGGCCCCCGCGCCGGCGCCGGCAGCAGCCGGGUGGGAAGGCUCAAGAUGGCGUGCCUGUUGGAGACCCCAAUCCGCAUGAGCGUCCUCUCGGAAGUAACAGCUAGCAGUCGCCACUAUGUUGACAGGCUAUUUGACCCUGAUCCCCAGAAAGUUCUACAAGGUGUCAUAGACAUGAAAAAUGCUGUAAUUGGAAACAACAAGCAGAAAGCCAACCUCAUUGUUUUAGGAGCUGUUCCAAGAUUGUUGUAUUUGCUUCAGCAAGAAACGUCAAGCACAGAGCUGAAAACGGAAUGUGCAGUGGUAUUGGGAAGUCUUGCUAUGGGUACUGAAAACAAUGUCAAGUCUCUGCUGGACUGCCAUAUUAUCCCUGCCUUACUACAAGGACUACUGUCCCCAGACCUGAAGUUCAUUGAAGCUUGUCUCCGAUGCCUACGUACCAUCUUCACCAGUCCUGUCACUCCAGAGGAGCUACUGUAUACAGAUGCCACAGUGAUACCACACCUCAUGGCGCUGCUGAGCAGGUCCCGCUACACCCAGGAGUAUAUCUGUCAGAUCUUCUCACACUGCUGUAAAGGUCCAGAUCAUCAAACGAUUUUAUUUAACCAUGGUGCAGUUCAGAAUAUUGCUCACCUACUAACCUCACUCUCCUACAAAGUUCGAAUGCAAGCACUGAAAUGCUUCUCAGUUUUAGCUUUUGAAAACCCCCAGGUAUCGAUGACCCUGGUAAAUGUGUUGGUUGAUGGAGAAUUGUUACCACAGAUAUUUGUGAAGAUGUUACAGAGGGAUAAGCCUAUUGAGAUGCAGCUCACAUCAGCAAAAUGUUUAACUUACAUGUGUAGAGCUGGAGCGAUUCGGACAGAUGACAACUGUAUUGUAUUAAAAACGUUGCCUUGUUUGGUCCGAAUGUGCAGUAAGGAAAGAUUACUGGAGGAGAGAGUUGAAGGAGCUGAAACACUCGCCUAUCUGAUUGAGCCAGAUGUUGAGCUGCAGAGAAUCGCUAGCAUAACUGAUCACCUCAUUGCCAUGCUUGCUGAUUACUUUAAGUAUCCCAGUUCAGUGAGUGCUAUCACUGAUAUUAAAAGGCUUGAUCAUGACUUAAAACAUGCUCAUGAACUCCGCCAGGCUGCAUUCAAGCUCUAUGCCUCUCUUGGAGCAAAUGAUGAAGACAUCCGGAAGAAGAUCAUUGAGACUGAAAAUAUGAUGGACCGAAUUGUGACUGGCUUGUCUGAGUCUAGUGUCAAGGUGCGGUUAGCUGCCGUCAGAUGUUUGCACAGUUUAUCGAGAUCUGUACAGCAACUUCGAACCAGUUUUCAGGAUCAUGCUGUGUGGAAACCUUUAAUGAAGGUUUUACAAAAUGCACCAGAUGAAAUCCUAGUAGUAGCAUCUUCCAUGUUAUGUAAUCUUCUUCUUGAAUUUUCUCCAAGCAAAGAGCCAAUUUUAGAAUCAGGAGCUGUAGAGCUACUUUGUGGAUUAACCCAGAGUGAAAAUCCUGCUUUACGAGUGAAUGGAAUUUGGGCUUUAAUGAAUAUGGCAUUUCAGGCUGAACAAAAAAUAAAAGCAGAUAUUUUACGAAGCUUGAGUACUGAACAGCUAUUCCGGUUAUUAUCAGAUUCAGAUUUGAACGUGCUGAUGAAGACAUUGGGACUUCUUAGAAAUCUCCUUUCUACUCGGCCUCAUAUAGAUAAAAUAAUGAGUACUCAUGGAAAGCAAAUUAUGCAAGCCGUCACCCUUAUUCUGGAAGGGGAGCAUAACAUUGAGGUCAAAGAGCAGACGCUCUGCAUCCUAGCCAACAUAGCAGAUGGGACAACAGCAAAAGAACUUAUUAUGACUAAUGAUGACAUCCUGCAGAAAAUCAAAUAUUACAUGGGUCAUUCACAUGUCAAACUGCAGCUUGCUGCUAUGUUUUGUAUAUCGAACCUCAUAUGGAAUGAAGAGGAAGGUUCACAAGAACGCCAAGAUAAAUUACGAGACAUGGGCAUUGUAGAUAUUCUACACAAACUGAGCCAGUCACCAGAUUCCAACCUUUGUGACAAGGCAAAGACGGCACUGCAGCAGUACCUGGCAUGAUGGGAGCGCCGGACAUCUGUGAGCAUCCACAUCCUUGUUUAAGGAAGUACAGGAACUAGCCUCAAUUGAUUCCUUCUAUUUGCACAAGUCACCUUGGACUGCAGGGAGCUGUUUUGCAAAAGCAUUUUAGUAGGCUUAGAUCUCAAAUUCAUCUUGAGGACAUUUUUUUGAGGUAGUAAUUUCCUCAGAGGACUAUUGUGUUUUGUUUUGUUUUGUUUUCUGAGCUACCUGGACUCUUUAUUAGAACAAUCAAUCAUUUUCCUUUGGACCUACAAUUUUUUGCCUAUGCUGCAGCCACUUUGUGAGUAAGAAUGAGUUUGUGUGUGUGUGCUUGCGUGUGGGUCAGAGUGAGUGGAUGUGUGGGUGAGGGAUACCUCAGAUUUUUCUUUUCUUAUUUUGUGUGAAAAUCUCUUUUCUACAGAUUUUCCAGGGUUUAAGCAUUGCUUGCUGUAUAAAACAAAAAACAAAAAAAACUUUACUGAAUUAUAUACAGUUUGAAUGAAAUGUUAUUUUAAAAACAAAACAAUUGUUUAGUGUUCCAUAAAGGUUAUGUUGAAUUUUGGUCAGAUGAAUAUUUGUAAGUAAAAAAAUAUAUGCAUUUCUGAACCUCAACUUACAUAGACUUUCUUUAUAAAACAAAAACAGAAAAAGUUGGCUAUAGUUGGCCUGAAUAACAGGCACUCUACAUGGUGCUGUGCAAAUGAGUAAGCUAGCAUCUUAAACUGCCAUCAAUGUUAGCAGGUCGAGCCACCUUUCAGCCUAAUUUAAUAAGUUCUCAGGCUUCCAAGUCAGAAGGACAGAGCGGAGUGGAGUAAGGCCACAGAUUCACAGUAGGGUUUUUAAAACAUCAAAGGGAAAUAUAACUAAUGAUAGUGAAAGCCAGUGGGCUCCCUUGACAGGAGACCAAGAGCCUCCCAACUACCGUAAAUCCUAUCAUUGGUGUGGCAGUGUCUGGCAGAACUUAGCACCAGAUGUGGAACCUUAUUCUCAAGCUAAAAGUAGGCCGUCACUUCUUGGAAACAAUGUCAGAUCACUUUGUGCUUACUGAAACAGCAUAUAUCACUGUGAAACUAAAGAGUGUUCUACAGACACUUCUGUAGGAAGAAGCAAAAACAGAAUAGUUCAGAAAGCAGUCUUCUCUCAGCUGCUACAGUGGUAGCUCAGGGUUGCUAGUUGGUGUGCUUUUGUGAAAACGAGACCUGAGAUCUUCUCCUACAGGAAGCUAAGAGCUUGAGAGAAGGGAAGGGAAUCUGCCCUGGAUGACUGAGGAUGGCAUCUUUUUACAGCGAGUACUGCUUAGCCCUUCUACAACCCUUAGCUCGGCACCGGCUCCAGCUUCUGGGUCAGCUUCAAGGUGAAUUCAACAGCGGUUGCUCUUGACUGUUUGAAGGUAGAACCAGCCUUUUCCCUUUGCUAGAAGGAGGCCAGAGGCACCGAGGCCAGGAUGAGAGGUCUGCGGUCCAGAAGUUUGCGGUGAGUGUGUGCCACUGAUGGGGCCCCACGCCCACCCACCAGCCACUCCCAGUGGGGUUGCUCACAUCGCAGCUGCCCUGUCACCAACCUGCACCUUCCUUGGAAGAUUUCAAUAUGAUUGAUUGCAAAUGAAUGUUUUUUAGAUGUAUUUAAUGCAAUGUUUUCUGUUCUCAACAUGGCCACUCAAGACUCAAAUACAAGAGAUUUUAUUGUUAUUUUUUUCAGAACAUCACUGAUUUUCUGUCCAACAGGAACUUGGGUUUUGUGCAGAUAUUAGAGUGCUAAUGUGAGAGAUACAAUUUAAAGAAAACCUAAUUUAUUGGGAGUACAGCCUUAUUUAGGGCCCAUUCACUGUCAUUUUUAGUACUGAGAAAAUAUCGUUGGUUGGCAUUUGUAACACAAAACACUAUAGUGUUGGUAUUAAAAUGUUUCAGGUAAAUAUGAGGAAACCAAUAAUGAAUUGCUGAGACAAUCUUGAACCAGAUAGCAUUAGAGAGCUGAAGGCCCAAGGAAGUGACACUUUCACACUCCAACUCUGCAUGAAUCUUGCCUGUGGGUAUACACAAUGGUCAAGUAAAAAGUGCUUUACAAUAAGUAACUUUUCUGAUUUGAAUGAAGGGAAAUGUAUUUAUUAAAACAAAGCUGUUUGCUGCUUUACGCAGGUGCAGUGUUCAGUCAGCAAGGAAGUGGGAAGAAUGGGACAUGGUCUUGUGUCUACACCCAAGUUCUUAACUAAGCUUCUCGCUCUCUUUAAUACUGCAUUCUGUUCCUCCUCUUGUGCCCUGAUUGUAACCCAAAAUUUAUGAACUAGAAAAGAAUGUCCAAUUUAAUAAGUUGCAUUUUUUUUUUCCUUAAGCACUUUAUUCAGAACAAUACAUGUUCUUCUGGUAGUGUUUGGAUAAUAUGAUUUUAACACAUGCUAAUAAAAGCCAAGAAAAAUCAUA